AUGGAAAACAUCCAGGCAUUGCUAUCAAACGCGACUCCAGUCCAGUGGGGGACUGCAGCGGCGGCUGUCAUCUCCCUCGGGCUCGUCUAUGCAACAUCACGAAAGACAUACGGCUCAGGCCGACAUUAUCCACCAGGACCGCCCAAGCUUCUUCUCAUCGGGAAUGCGCACAACUUUCCUGUGGAUAACUGUGCCGUCGUGUUCAACGAAUGGCAAAAGCUCUACGGGGACAUAAUCCACAUACAACUUCCCGGAACCUCUUUUGUUAUCGUCAAUUCUUUUGAAAUCGCACAAGAACUAUUCAAUAAGCGGGCAAAGUUUAAUUCAGACCGAAAUGUUGGUCACAUGAUUAUGAAACUUAUGGGCUGGGAAUGGACACCUAUAUUCAGAAACGCCGAUAUCGUUCACAGCACCGAGCGAACAAUGUUCAAACGUGGGAUCGGUCCGACAAAGAUGCCGUUGAAAGAUCCUCUCAUUGAAAGUCAUACCCAGCAACUCGUUCUCGAUUUACAAAGGAUUAAAGGAAACCCAAGAAAUACAAUAGUAAAUAUCAUUGGCAUGACUAUCAUCGAGCUCGCUUACGGCCGUGGCAUUGUAAAAGAUCAUGGAGUGGAGUUGACUGCACUUAAUGUAGAAGCGAUGAGACUCUUGAAUCAAGCCGUCGUGACAGUAUGGGCUGUGGAUCUUUCCUCUGCACGGCAUGGUGCAUACAGCAAGCAGCUUGUCGACCGUAUUCGGGAAUGGCCUUUUCAGAUGGCCAUCGAACGUCAUAAAGCCGGAACUCUUGGCCACUGCCUCGCUGACGAUCUUAUCAACGAGUUUGGUACACGGUUUGAAGUUCAAGACACGCUAGCCUCUCUCUAUCUAGCCGGUGUUGAUACUACAUCCACAGUGGUUGUCCAGUUUCUACAUGCCAUGUUUGUUUUCCCGGAAAUCGCAAAAAAGGUGCAAGCAGAGAUUGACUCUGUUAUUGGUCGGGAGCGACUACCGAGUGUGAAAGAUCGUGCUGAUCUCCCCUAUACCAAUGCCGUCUGGAAAGAAUCGCUGCGGCUCAAAUGUGCCGCGCCCGUGGGCGCUCCUCGUUCGAACAUGCACGAUGAAACAAUCAACGGUUACUUUAUCCCUAAAGGCUCCAUUAUAAAUUCCAAUUUCGGCUUCAUGCUCAAUAAUCCAAAGAUAUGGGGAGACCCGGAAAUCUUUAGACCAGAGCGUUUUCUCUCAGCCGAGGCCAGUGCUCUGCCAGAUCCCACUGUUCUCAUCUUUGGAUUUGGAGCGAGAAUUUGUCCAGGAAUGUAUUUUGCUGAUCGUACUGGGUUUCACAUGGCGGUUUCGACGAUGGCAUUGUUCGAUAUCAAGCCUCUACCCGGAGAGUUGGUUCCGCUAUACACGGAGGUUGAAUACACGAAAACUCUUUUCCGACUUCCCGUCAAGUUCGAUUGCAGUUUUGCUCCGAGGGAUAGCAAAGCUACUCAUCUCUUAUCCUCCCUGGCAUUGGGCUAUUGA